UUUUCAUUAGCUGCAUAUAUGUCUAUCUUAUUUAGGGAUUGAGACUGCAUUCAGAAAACAGGCUAUAUUUGAUUUCCUUUUAUAUAGCAAACUCAGUGGUACCCUCAGAUUGGGGUAAAAUUAGACACAUGUGAAAAUCCCCCAAGGAAUACAUGAAAAUCUUUGAGUGUAAUCUGGACUUUAUUCUAUGACUAGGAGGUGAGGUUUCCAGGUUAUCUGUUUCACAUAUGACUACUUUAAAUCACACUGGAAUUAGCCACCCAGUCUUCCGGUUGCUGGGCAUCCCUGGCUUAGAGGACCAGCACAUCUGGAUUUCCAUCCCCUUCUUCAUUUCCUACGUCACGGCUCUGUUUGGGAAUGGCUUACUCAUCUUUGUUAUCCUCACUAAGCGAAGUCUCCAUGGACCCAUGUUCCUCUUCCUCUGCAUGCUGGCGGGAGCAGACAUUGUGCUCUCCACAACCACAGUGCCACAAGCUUUGGCCAUCUUCUGGUUCCGUGCUGGGGAGAUCUCCCUGGACCUCUGCAUCACUCAGCUCUUCUUCACCCAUUCCACCUUUGUCUCUGAGUCGGGGAUCUUGUUGGCCAUGGCGUUUGACCGCUACAUUGCUAUAUGCUACCCACUGAGGUACACCACUAUUCUUACAAACUCCUUCAUUGGGAAAGUUGGAGUGACUGUCUUUCUGAGGAGUUAUGGUACCAUUUUUCCUAUAAUAUUUUUAGCGAGGAGACUAACAUUCUGCAAAAGUACUACCCUCCCAAACACAGGUUGUAAGCACAUCGUCCUGGCUCAUGCUUCCUGUGAUGACAUCCGCAUCAACAUCUGGUAUGGGUUCUUUGUCCUCAUGUCAACAGUGGUCUUAGAUAUCGUGCUAGUGUUUAUUUCCUAUGUGCUUAUUCUCCGUACUGUCUUCCACAUGCCAUCCCAAGAUGCUCGCCACAAAGCUCUCAAUACUUGUGGCUCUCACGUCUGUGUCAUCAUCCUUUUUUAUGGGCCUGGCAUCUUUACCACCCUUACUCAGAGAUUUGGACGCCACAUCACACCACAUGUCCAUGUCCUGUUAGCCGAUGUCUGCAUUCUCUUUCCACCUAUGCUGAAUCCCAUCAUUUACGGGGUCAAGACCAAACAGAUCCGGGACCAGGUGGCUCAUGUGUUGUUUCUAAAGCAGAAAUGACUGCUGCUGGAAGCUGGCAUUCUUUAUGGCUGAGCCAUUUUCUCCAUGUCUGAGGUAAGCUUUCAUAUCAGUACAAGGCAGCAGGUAAGCUAUCAGACGAAUUACUCUUGGUGUUGUGUGGGAGUCCCCCAAAGCCAAGCUGUGAGACGUGAAAGGAUUGGGAGGAUGGACUAGCUCCUCCCAGAACCCUCAGAACACCGAGAGUUUCCCCAAAAGGUCAAUCAGUUCUGGCUUGAAGGGGAUUCAGAUUCCUAUCCUGGGUGCAGGCUAAUUCCACCCCAAACUUUCUGGGAACUUGGGGAUACCCAAAAAUGUAUGCUAACCGUAAGUCAUUUACUGCUUAC